AGUAUUAAAAUACAUUCUUCUUUAAUAAAAUAAAUGCAUUUAAUUUGCUAAUAUUGUGCUAAACUUAUAAAUGACACGUAAUUUAAUGUUGCACAAUAAGUAGAACGUUCUUCGUUGCUCUGAAGCAUUAACGAAUUUUCACGAUGUGCGCGCUUUUCAAAGUGUUCCGUUUCUAAACCAUAUUUACAUUUCUUUCAAUAAAAUAUUUUGUGUAGCAAGGAUAGUAUGUAUCAGCAUCCAUAAUCACGUUUGCAAAAUAAUAAGAGUUGAUUAGCAAGAUAAUAAAAGGCGAAAAUGGAGGAGGUCGAUGUGCAAGUGAAAGACAACCCGCCGUCGAUAGAACGCAUCCUACGUCCAAUAAUGUACACGUCCUGGUUCUUGGGUGUCGGUAUAGCACAUCCGCGAAAGUGUCCCAAAGCUGUGAAGAUAAUCAUACGUAUAAUUCACAUAGCUGUGUGUUCCUAUAUCAUGAUAGGUGACAUAAAGUUUUCCGGCCCUUCUUCAGAUAUUAAUAAACGUUUCAAGAGUUUAUUAAGGUACAUAUAUUAUCUAAAUAAGAUGAUGUGUUACGUAUCGCGCUAUUAUUAUAUUUAUUACGGAAUCAGACAGUACAACAAAUGGACGGAACUGAUGGAUAGAUUGAAGGGGCUCGAUCAGAAGAUCAGGAAAGAAAUACCCAUGAAUGACAGAUCUAUAAAAGUUAUGGAAGCGCUAGCAGUUUUCAUGACGUUCAUUUUCUGUCCUUUGUGGCCAACUAUUCAAAUUCUGUAUUAUUAUAUCAUCUCAUAUACAAUAAAUGAGAAGGUCAUAAUAGAUAUGCUGUUUAACUACAUAUUAGCGCAGUCGUUGAUCAACAGCUUCGUCUUCGACGUUGUCGUCUAUGUGUUAUAUCGCAGAUUUCAAACAAUAAAUAAGUUGAUCGGACAGUUGGAAAAGUUAUCGGAUAUACAAUGCAUUGCGUUCAAGAUUAGACGCAUAAGAGAAUUACAUGCCGAUGUUUGUGAUCUCGCCAGCAUGGUAAACGAUAUUCACAGUCUUCAUCUCUUCUUCUGCUCCGGGAAUUGCUUCACCCGGGCUACAUCCUCACUAUUCUAUUUUGUCGAUCCCACGAAACGUGCGAACUGGUUAAAUUGGAUAUCUGAAUUCUUAUACAUUGUAUAUUCCAUGCAAUUCUGUCUCAUUUGUUGGAUUUGCACACUUGCCUGUGAAGAAUCUAAUAAGACCGGGAGAAUCAUACACAAAAUUAUAUUGAAUUGCCAACCUAGAAAUCUUGAUAAUCACGAGGCAAAUUCGUCGAGUCUAGGAAUGCAACCUUCACUCGAAGAUCUGGAAGGCGAGCAGAAUUGUGAUUGUUGUAGCAGUCGCAGCCCGUAUGUCGUGGAAAAUUUUUUGCGCAGAAAUCUGGACCUAGAGUGUGUCACAAACGAAGUCAAUAAUUUUUCAAUUCAACUGCUGCAGAAUCGAAUAGCAUUUACGGCGUACGAUUUCUUCGAAAUAAACCUUGUUUCGUACGGUUGGUUUGUCGGGUUGAUCAUUACUUAUGUAAUGUUGGGUUAUAAUGAGAAAAUCUCCGAUACGUGCGUAUGUAAAUAAGAUAGCUUUAUUACAAACGGGCGUAGGUGUGUGUCGUCUGGCGGCUUACAGCAGAAGAGAGAGUACACGGUAAGAACAGCGCGCCAUGAGACAUGAACAUAGGAUAUAAAACUAGUCAGAUCGGAACUCGCAUAACAUAAAUGUACUAGGUCUACUAACCUCUUAUAAACGAACUAACUAAAAUUAAUACAAUGAGUACGCAAACUCUACGUGUAAUUAUCAGCCUACAAUUAUAUUAUUUACCAAUUUCUCAAAAAUUCUAAAAAUGUAUGUGAAACGUUUAGCAAUGUGUUUAAAUUCAAUUAUCACAUAGACAGCAUUAUUGUAAAAGCGAGGUGGCGAUACAUGACGCGCAAUCAAUUGCGGCUCCUCACUAAUAUACAUUUAAUUAGCAAUUAAAGAAAUUUGCGAAGGUUUUAAUCCGCGGAAAGGAUUGUAUGGAUAUACGUGUCUUGUACUUUCAAUCUCGUAAAUGUUACACAGCGCUGUCGAUUAGUCCAAUUAUGAUCACGAUAUAACAGAUGUAACCCUCUUAGAAAGAAUUUCUAAUAACAAAAGUUAAAUAUUUUAGAUGCAUUUAAUCUAGUUGCAACUUUGUGAACUACUACUUAUUAACGCAAUAUUAAUAUGAAGCCUACUAAUCCUUUUCUGCUGUAUCAAAUCAAAUGAGAUUGAUUUUAACGUUUUGAGACUAAAGUAAUUUAUAUGAAUUUUAUUGUAUAUAUUUUUUCAUUUAGAAUAAAAAUUUGCUCGCUGUUGUACGUACGAUAAAUAAUCGCUACGCAGUUCGGGACACCACCAAUAUGGAAUCGCGCGAACAAGCGUUCGUAAGAAAAAUUCUCACCGUGGUUGUAAGUUGUUUAUGGAACUUGUUCUUUGAUCUGGUUUGAACUGGUUUACGCGUUCCAUUGUACCUCUGUACUAAUAAAGUUUUUUUGUAAGCAA